GGGUAAUAAAGUGAAAAAAAUGUUCUUAGUUUAGCGCGGCAGUUUGUAAAGUGAAAGGCUAAUAAUAAAAAGAGAGGAGGAGUUUGCCAGAUUGCAGAAAAACGCCAUUAACGAUCACAGCUGUGCGAAUCCGAUUAAUCCAGAGAGGGAGAGAGAGUCAUAGAAUAUCUGGAUCUUCUUCUUCUUCUUCAUUCAGAUUCUCUUCUCGGAGCUGCCUUUGGUUAUCUUUAUCUUCUCGGAGGGUAGACGAGGUGUAUGUAUGUGUAAGUAAUUUGUGAAAUUUAAAACAAAAGAUUCGGGUCGUCCUCACUGCACAUGGAGUUAGCGUUGAGGCAGGUCGAACAUUCUACAGAAGCGGCUGUGUCAUCAUCAUCUUAAGGCCUCCUUCCUUAGGUAUGAUGAUGACUACGGAAGCGGAUCAGAUGCAAGGACCAAGCGGCGGCGGCGGCGGCGGCUGUGAAGAAAAGAUUUCUGUUUCUGUUCGUCUGCGACCUUUAAAUGACAAGGAAAUGUUGAGGAAUAAUUCCCCUGACUGGGAGUGCAUCAACUCUACAACCAUCAUGUACAGGAGCCAUCUCUCUAUCUCUGACCGUUCCAUGUAUCCUUCUGCUUACUCUUUUGACAGAGUGUUCGGCCCUGAGUGUUGUACCAGGCAAGUCUAUGACCAAGGGGCCAAGGAAGUAGCUUUCUCUGUUGUCAGUGGCGUUAAUGCUAGCGUCUUUGCGUACGGGCAAACAAGCAGUGGAAAGACAUACACCAUGAGUGGAAUUACUCACUGCACUUUGGUUGAUAUAUAUGACUACAUUGACAAGCACAAGGAAAGAGAAUUCAUUCUAAAGUUCUCCGCCAUGGAGAUCUAUAAUGAGUCUGUGCGAGAUCUCUUAAGUACAGAUAGUAGUCCGCUCAGACUUCUAGAUGAUCCUGAGAAAGGGACAGUUGUUGAGAAACUCACAGAGGAAACUCUGCGAGACUGGAAUCAUUUCAAGGAGCUCCUUUCUGUUUGCGAAGCUCAGCGGCAAAUUGGAGAGACAGCUCUGAAUGAAGUUAGCUCCCGGUCUCAUCAGAUUUUGAGAUUGACAGUUGAAAGCACGGCUCGUGAAUUUUUCACUAACGAUAAAUUUAGUACACUAACAGCAACAGUGAACUUUAUUGAUCUUGCUGGAAGUGAACGUGCAUCUCAGUCAUUAUCAGCCGGCACAAGGUUGAAAGAAGGUUGUCAUAUAAACCGAAGUUUGUUAACGCUGGGAACUGUCAUCCGUAAGCUAAGUAAAGGAAAAACUGGUCACAUUCCAUUCAGAGAUUCAAAACUGACGCGCAUACUUCAGUCUUCCUUGGGAGGAAAUGCCAGAACCGCCAUAAUAUGUACCAUGAGUCCUGCAAGAAUCCAUGUUGAGCAAUCAAGAAACACGCUUCUAUUCGCGAGCUGUGCAAAGGAGGUGACAACGAAUGCACAAGUCAAUGUCGUCAUGUCUGAUAAGGCUUUAGUGAAACACUUGCAGAGGGAGUUGGCUAAACUGGAAAGUGAGUUGAGAAGCCCUGGUCAGCCUUCGGUUGCCUCUGACACAACAACUGCAUUACUGACGGAGAAGGACCUCGAGGUUGAAAAGCUCAAGAAAGAGGUAUUCCAACUAGCACAAGAGCUAAAGCAAGCUCGUUGCGAGAUUGAGGAUCUUCGACGAAUGGUUGGAGAAGGAAAACAAGGACCAAAAGAGACACUAUCUACAGAGGUGGUGCUGGUGGAACAUCAAUACCCGAAGCUGAGGGUGCGCAGUACAUGGGACUCUGAGAAUACAACACCAUUAAGCCCUAUAUCAGCUCACCGUUCCAGCUUGUCUCCACGAUCAUCUGAAUACAGUUACGACGACAACGUCUUCCAGCUUUCAGAUUUCAGGAUAGAUUCUGGGUCAAGUAGUCCAUUUCAUCAGCAUGCCUUUGUAACUCCACACGGGGAAGAAACUAAAGACCAAUCCCAAGUUCACACAGAAGAAACUGAAGCUCAACCUCAUGUUCCGAGGAAUGUCUCGUCAACAUUAGUUAUUUUUCCUUCUCCAGCUGAGGAGGAAGAGGUUGAUGAAAUGGGUAGAGAGACUGAUGGAAAUUCUGAGGAUGACUGCAGGGAAGUUCGAUGCAUAGAAACAGAUAUUAUGUCAGAUGUCACUAGACAUCCACAGGAAAAUAUUCCGCAGAGCAGUCCAGAUAGAUUUGACGUUGUUAAUGCAGAAGAACCAGUAUGUGUGACGGAGCCAAAGAGCCUACAACUAUCCACUAAAGCUGAAGAAGAGGAAGAAGAGGAAGAAGAACCAGUAUGUGUAACGGAGCCAAAGAACAUACAACCACCAAUUGAAGAUGAAAAGGAAGUAGAAGAAGAAGAAAGAGUAAAGGAAGUGAGUAAUUCCUCUACUCAACCAAAACAAGAAAGCGAACUCAUCAAAACCCCUCCUCCAUGCUGUGAUUUCAAAUCAUCUCCUGAUGAGUUUGUUACAAGCCUUAGUAGUAGCAACCCGACGCCUCCAGUAUUCAUCACUCCCUCUCCUGAAAAGCCAUUCUCUUGGCUUACGGAGAGAGAAUCACAACCGGUCAGAGGCAUGAAACUGACUAGAAGCCGGAGCUGUAGAGCAUGCGUGUUGUCGAGCGCUUCCCCAUCUUGGUUUGAGAAAGAUGCUGAUGCUGACACACCGCCAAGUUGGUACGACAAAGGAUUCGCCAAAGCAGCUGAGAUGCGCGACAUCAAGAAUGAGAGGUUGCUGCAGGAUGAGUUCAGCGGGAGGAGCAUGCCAACAACUUGGAUCGAGAGAAGCUUUAGCGACACUCAAACUGCGCAUGCUACUGCUUCUUCACACAACGAAAUGUCGUCAUCACCAAAUGAAUCUCUGUCCCGCCCCUCUGAUGUUUCUGCGUUUGAGCUUCAGACGAGUGGCAGCCCUUCUACAAGCCAGGAGAAAACUGAGGAGACUGCUGCUCAGAAAGACAAGCGAAUCAUUCAUCGCUCGAUGGAGGAAAUAGAACAGAAGUUGUUCUUGGGGUUGAGUUCGACAAAGAGUUUCAAAGACGCUGCAUUGGACCCAAUACAAGACUACCUAGACACGCCUUUGAAUUGGCCGGAAGAGUUCAAGAGGCUACAGCGGGAGAUCAUAGAGUUAUGGCACACGUGUAACGUCUCCAUGGCCCACAGAAGCUACUUCUUCCUAUUGUUCAGAGGGGAUCAGAAAGACUGCUUGUACUUGGAGGUCGAACUCCGUAGACUCAAGUACAUCGCCCAUAAUAGCAAAGCCAGCGACGAUCUGAGCCUAGUGUCCAGCACGAAGGCGUUGACUAGAGAGAGGUUUAAGCUGAGCAAGUUGAUGCAGAGGAAACUAUCCAAGGAAGAGAGAGAGAACUUGUUCUUGAGAUGGGGAGUUGCGCUGAACACAAGGCACCGGCGGGUCCAGCUGGCGCACAGACUCUGGUCUGAUUACAAAGACAUGGGUCAUGUCCGAGAGAGUGCCUCCCUCGUUGGUAAGCUCCAUGGAUUCGUCGACAUGAACUUGACUUCCUCCGACAUGUUUGGCAUCAACUUUGCUUUCAGACCACCUCGUCCCAAGAAAUCUAGUCUUUGGAAACGCAGUGUUUUGUCCCUCUCCUUUUUGUAACUUUGGUAGUAGUAAGUAAAGCACACUAUAAAGAAAUGUUCGCUAAUGAAAUCACAAUCUUCUUUUAUAUUGAUCCUGUUGAUUUAAGUUGUCUCUCUCCCAUUAGUGAAUUUGAAGGUAAUGGCGUGUUUUCA